AAAACUUUUAGCCCUUCUAGGUGAGUCUGUGACGAUAUGUGAUUCCAAAAAUUGUUCUUUUCUCUUUGAACCUGUCAUUCAUAUUGUUGAGGCGGGUUUUAAAUCCUAGCCAUGGUGCGCAUGAACGUACUGAGUGAUGCUCUAAAAUCAAUUCACAAUGCCGAGAAGCGCGGCAAAAGGCAAGUCCUUAUCAGGCCGUGCUCUAAGGUUAUAGUCAAGUUCUUGACUGUGAUGAUGAAGCACGGCUACAUCGGAGAGUUCGAGAUUGUUGACGACCACAGAGCUGGCAAAAUUGUGGUGAACCUCACAGGAAGAUUGAACAAAUGUGGAGUUAUUUCUCCCCGUUUUGAUGUUCCCAUCAACGACAUUGAAAGGUGGACUAACCUGCUACCGUCAAGACAGUUCGGGUACCUUGUUCUUACCACCAGUGGUGGUAUCAUGGACCACGAAGAAGCCAGGCGAAAACAUCUCGGAGGCAAGAUCUUAGGCUUCUUCUUCUAAGUAAAAUAAACAUUCUAAAAAUGUA